CUGUUACCACAAAAUUCUCUGGAAUUCUCUUCAGGGACCACUCAGCCUUAUAAAGGGGGGUCUGGUUCAGACCGGAGGAGCUUGGGAGAAGGCUGUGAAGGGUUUGCAGCACCAUGAAGAGCUCCCCUGUGGCCCUCCUUGUUCUCCUGGCUCUCAUCCUGAGUGUCCACGUUGGAGCCUCCACACGUGGCAGUGAGGUAGCCAAGUUCUGCUGUUUCCAGUUCAGUCCCAGGAGCAUUCCCUGGAAGUGGGUGCAAACCUAUGAAUUCACCAAGAUCAGCUGCUCACGGCAGGCUGUGAUAUUCACCACCAAAAGAGGCCAGAAAGUCUGUGCACAGCCAGAGGAAAAAUGGGUGCAAAAAUACAUUUCUUUGCUGAAGGCUCGGCAGCAGCUGGGACAGUAGCAUUUUCAGCCUGAGGACACGGCCCCGCCCUGCCCACCCCGCAAGGGGCUCUGCUGCCCUCAUGUCCCCAGAGAACUUGUUCAACAGAAAGCUUCAUGGAUCUGGUGGGAGGGAGAGGGUGUUUUCUAUCAGGAUUUUUUUAAAUAAAGAUUUUUUUGUAAAGAUUUGACUUGCUCAUAAUCAUGCUUCAUCAAUAAA